AUGGUUCGAAAUAAAAAGAUGAACAGCAAUGUGGAUUUGUGUGUUAAUCACGUCGACAUAAAUAAUACUUAUGUGGAUAUAUUAAAUAUUCACGAAACAUUAGUAAAUCAUAUCCAAGCAAUAGCUCCCCAAUUUUACAGUUUGGUAGAAACAAAUUUUAAUUUAAAAAAUGAAACGAAUGAAAUAAUAAAAAGUGUAAGUCAUGACAAUAGUGGUAAUAGUGAGAAUAAUAAUAAUAAUAAUAAUAUUAGCUAUAUUGAUCAAUGUAAUAAUAAUUUAUCAUUUAAAAAAAAUACCACACAUUCAAUUAAUAAUAAAGAUAAUAUAAAAUUUUCAAAAAAAACUCAUAUAUACAAUUUGUAUACAAAUAAUUAUGCUCCUAAUUAUUACGACUGUAAUAGUAUAUCGUUAAAUGCGGACGAAGCUUCCAACAAAUGUGAUGAAUAUAUUAAUUAUGAGAUUAGUGACAAAAAAUUAUUAUCGAGCGAUAAUCUUUUAUAUAAAAAAAAUAAAACAGAACAAAUAAUAAAAUUAAAAGAAAAGAAUACUUGUUUUAUAAAUACGACAUAUGGCAAUUAUGAUAGUAAGAAUAAAUGUAUUUUAAAAAAUACCGAUGAACAGAAAAAACAGUUAUACGAAUGUUCCAAUAUUUGUAAAACCCCAAUUAAUAUUGAUCAUGUAAAUGAUACAAUUUAUUCGAGACAGCUAGAUACUAAUAUAAAUGAUAGUAAUGUUGCUAAUUCUGAAAAUUUUAUUCAAAUAAAUACAAGUCAAAAAAACAAAGAGUGUAUUAAGAAUAUACGAUACCCCGGAUAUUAUUUAAAUCUCAAUGGUCAAGAUCAAAUAAUUGAUAAAAACAUAAAUGACAUUGUUCCCCUUGGUAAACAAGUUCGAAAUAGUGGCUCUGAAUAUUUAGGAGGAUGUAAUGUUGUAAAUCUUGAAAAAGAAAUUAAAAUUUGUGAAAAUAUGGAAAAAUAUGUUAAUUACAAUGAUCAUAAUGACUUAAAAAUGGGAGCACACUCAAAUUUUGAGAUUCAAUAUUGCACCAAUUGCCCUAAUUUAAAAAAAUAUAUGAUAAAAAUAAAUAAUGUAGAAAAUUGCUUAAAAAAUACAUGCACAAAUCAUAAUUAUAUGAACAAGUCAGGUAAAAAUGAAAAAUAUGAAAACGUUUAUACGUUGAAUAGUGAUGAAAAUGAUGAAAACAAUCUCAAUUACGAAAUUUUUUUUCCAAACAAUUUGAAUAAUAUGCAUGUUAGUGGUAAUUUAGAAGCAUUUGGUACAAAAUUAUCAAAAUAUGAUAUAAACACAUGUACGGAUAUUAAAAAAUAUAAUGAAGUAAACAAUCAUUUUAAUUUUUUAAAACAUGGACAACAAAUACAUAAACCAAUUUAUUAUAAUAAUUGUAGAACUAAUGAUGAUACAUAUUUUUCAAAGGAUAUCAACCAUUCUAAUAAAAUUAUUCUAAAUAUAUGUGAUGAAAAUAAUUUAUUUAAUAAAUUAAAUAAAGAAAACUAUGUUCAAAUGGGAGAAGAAAUGAAAAAUUAUGUACAUUCAGGUAAAAUGCAAUUUGAUUUUAUAAAAAAUGAAACAAACUCUAAGUUAUCAAUUGGGGAGAAAAAUAAAAUUUAUAAAUUUGAGCCAAAUAUUAUAUUUGAUCAACAAAUUUAUAAUAAUAUGAAAGGUAAACUUUAUGAUAAUUAUUAUUCGAAUCAUAGUUCUAAAGAAAAUAAUAAUGCAAAUGAUCAAGAUAAUAGAACACAUAAAUAUGAUGAAAACAAUAACAAUAAAAGUAGCAGCAAUGAUACAACAAGUGGAGGGGGUAUCGGAAUCGGAUUGAAUAAUAAAAACACAAGUGGGAACAAUGAUGAUGGUAAUGAUGAUGAUGAUAAAAGUCGAGAUGGAGAUAAACAAAAUUGUAAUUAUCACGAAAUAAAUGAUGAAGAAGCGGAAGAUAAAAAUAAGAAUGAUAAAAAAAAUCAAGAUGAUGAAAUAAAUGAGAAACAAGCUAAUGAAAUAAAUAAUAAGAAAAAUAGCAACGAGCAGAUUGUUACACACAUUAUUAUGGAUAACAAUGAUGACGAUGAUAAUAAUAAUAAUAAUAAUAAUAAUAAUAAUAAUAAUAAUAAUAAUAAUAAUAAUAAUAAUAAUAAUAAUAAUAAUAAUAAUAGUAAUAAUAACAAUAAUAAUAGUAAUAAUAGCAAUAAUAAUAGUAAUAAUAGUAAUAAUAACAAUAACAAUAAUAAUAAUAAUAAUAAUAAUAAUAAUAAUAAUAAUAAUAAUAAUAAUAAUAAUAAUAAUAAUAAUAAUAAUAAUAAUAAUAAUAAUAAUAAUAAUAAUAAUGCUCAAACAAAUGGGCAGCAAUUUUGCGAUUCUAAAAAUUGUAUAAUAUCUAAAAUAAACGAGUCAAAGGUUGCUCCUAACGAUAUUAAUAAUAAUAAUAAUUAUAUACCUUAUAAUAAAAGUUAUGCUAGUGAUAGUACCUUCACAGAUGUGCACACAUAUGAUAGAAAUGCCGACACUGAAUCGAUUAAUAAUUUUGUUGAUUCAAAUAUGGCAAACAGUCAAGAAGAUUUAAAUAUAUUAAAUAAACAUAAUAAUCAUGUUACUAAUAUAAACGAAGGGAAUUAUUUUGGAAAUGGUGGACGCGCUAGCCAUGUCAAUCGUAAUAAUGGUAGUAAUGUAAAUUUUUCUGACAAUGUUCAUAACCGUUUUUCUAAAAGUAACAUAAAUAAUGAAACCUUAAUAAAUAAUAUACAAAUAUUAAAUGGAAAUAAAAAUGAGAAUUCAUUUCGAAAUAUAAAAAAAAAAUCGAUUAAUGAUAUAACCAUGAAUGCUCAUAAUUAUAAUAAUGAAGUUGGUAAAGAUUUUCCAAACAAUUUCCCAGGGAAAUAUUCAACCGAUCAUUCAGGUAAUUAUUCAGGAAAUAUUUCAACAAAAUUUUCACACAAAUUUUCGAAUAAUGAUAUGCAUAAUAUGUGUGAUAAUAUAUAUAACAAUUAUAAUAUAAAUACCAAUGAUCAAAAUAGUAAAUGUUUAAAUGAUGUUAGUAAUAAUUGUGUAGAAACAGAUUUAAUGAAAUUUACAAAUAAUACAUAUAUUGAUAUUCACAAAAUCAUAAAAAAUGAUGAUAUGUUAAAAAUGGAAUUUACAAAAAUGGAAGAUUGCUUUAAAAAUGUUCCAAUUUCAAACAAGGUUUCCAGUAUUGAUGGAACAAAAACAUCUGGCGAUAGCUUAUCGGAUCCUAAUCCAGAUAAAAUACGAAUAAAUAAUAAAAAAGAUUCUAUUAGAGGCAAUGGUAUUAAUAGAUAUAAUGGAGGGGGGUUCAAGAGUAAAUCAAAAAACAAUUCUAAGGAUAAUGAUGUGUCAAGAAUGUAUGAUAACUAUAAACAAUUAUUAACAUUAGAUGACACUAUGAUAGAUGGAUAUAAUAAUCAGAAUUUUGAUGAAUUAUAUUUUCUUCAAAAUAAUAAUAUUCAUCCAAAUGUCUUAAAUGAUGAUAUAAUUAAUGAUAGUAUAAUAAAUAAUAAUAUUGAAAAAAUAAUUGAUAUUAUGAAUAUCAAUAAUGAAAAUAUAAUAAAUAAAAAUAUACCACUUGAAGGAAAUGGAAAUAUGGUUGUUUCAGGUUCUGGUGGAACUGGCUUUGUUGCUUCGCCACCAGAUGUAUCCACUUCUCAUUUAGCUAAUGUAUCUAAUAAAAUUAUGAUUAAUAACAGAUCGAAUUGCAAUCCAAGGGAUAGCAUAAAGAACAUGCAUAACAAUAUUCCACAUAUUUUGCAACAAAAUGCAUAUAUACAAGGAAAAGAAAAAAAAAGAAAAAUAACAUGUAUUAGUACAAAUAAUGAGAAUCCAUGUACAAUUAUAAACAAAUUAGAUAACAUGAAAGAUUGUGGAAUUUUAAAAGAAUUUGAUGAUAAUAAAUGUGUAAACACUAAUAAUACUAGAUAUAAUAAAGAUAAAAAAAAAAUAUAUCAAAAAAUGGAUAUAAGAAUGCUAAAUAAAACUGUACAAAAAAAUAAAGAAAUAUGUACAAACUGUUAUAUACAUUAUGAUCAUUCUAAAUCCAGUUAUAUAUUAACAUUUAUUAAUAGAAAACAAAAAAAACAAAGAAAAAUAUUCCCAGUGGAACCAAAUGAAAAAGAUGAGCCAUAUAUAAUAAAAAUUGUAAAUUAUAUAAAUAAAUUAAAAGAAGAAAACAAAAUAUAUGGAGUCAAUGCAAAUGGAAAUAUGAAAGAAAUAGAGGAAGGAAAAAAUAAUUUAGAAUAUAACAAACAGCCACUUGUUGAUUUUUCGAACAACCCUCACAGAAGUAAUAUAAUCAAACCUGUAAUAAAUAAUAUAAGAAUUGAAAACACUAUUGACAAUAAUAAAAGAACUAGUAUAUAUGGGGUUUCCGAAGGAAAUAGAAAUAACAAUUUUUUCGACACACGAAAUAGCUCAAAUAUUGGUGUGUAUAUUAAUCCAAAACAAUUUGCAAAUACCAAACCUAUACAUAAUGAACAGCAAUAUGGAGAAGACGGAAAUUUAAUAAUUAAAAAAAAUAACAAUAAUAAUAACAAUAGUAAUAAUACAGGGAUUAAUAAUAUGAGAUCAGGAAAUAGCUUCACUAAGCAAUUUCCAAAAAUACCAUAUACCCAACCAAACAAUAUGAAUUAUGCACACAACGAUAUAGCUAAUAUUAAUAAUAGAAGUAACAAUUUUAUAAAACCCUUAAAUUAUUUUGAUAAUAUUUCAGCUAGCCAAAAUAUGGAUUUUAUAAAUUAUAAUAUGGCAAAUAAUAAAAUAGAUUUUAAUAUGGUUAAUAAUACGUGUGCAGAAGAAAAACAACCAAUUAAUAUGUUUUAUGAUCAUGAUAAUAAUAAUAGUAGUAAUAAUAAUAAUAGUAAUAAUAAUAAUAAUAAUAAUAAUAAUGGGAAUGGGUCGAAACAAGUCGAUGGAAAUUAUGUAGCAGAUAUGAAUAUUAUUCAUAAUAUGAACUCUGAAAUAGCUAGUAGCUUAAAUGGUGGGCUCAAUCAAAAUAUGAGAAUGGCUAACAUAAAUUAUGCACCAAAUAUUAAUGAAAAUUGCAAUCGAAUAAAUAGUGUACCUUUACAUAUAAAUCAUAAUAUUAAUAAUCAUUUCCAUACAAAUAUGAAUGAUAUUAAUAAUAACUCUUUUGGUAAUAAUUUUUAUGAUAAUAUCCCUUCUGAUAUAAAUGGAAAAAAUAGCAUAUACCCAUUUUCAAAUAUAAAGGGAAUGAAUAUUAUGAAUGCUAAUAAUAAUCAACACUCAUCGAUUUCCCCAUCUGGUUGUGGAACGAUUACAGCCAAUUCACCAUCUCCUAAUAAUUCUAUUAAAAAUAACCAACACAAUAAUACUAACAAUUUGUUAGUAAAUCAAAACGAUGAAUACCAUUCAGCUAAUAUUAUGAAUAAUAUGAAUUUUAAUAUUUAUUCAGGAAAUAUACCAAAUAAUGAUGAUACCGAAAUUAUCAAAAAUUAUAACAAUAUAAUAAAUGAUUAUCAGAGAAAUAUAUUUAAUUCAAAUAAUUAUGGUAACACAAAUAGUAUGGAAUCCAUUUUAUCCCUUAGAGGGGGAAGUGUGCAUAAUAAUGAGUAA